GCAUGGUUCCAACAGAACGUGAUGCCGAAUAUGUACCACAAACUCAUAAUUAUAAUAUUUAUUUACAAUGGAAUGGAUUGCAUACCUUCUGUCAAACUAGCGUGUCCCCCAGGUUAUUAUGAAGAGGGUUGCUCUAAACCAUGUCCUGAAAAGACAUAUGGGAUAGCUUGUGGUGGGACGUGUGAUUGCUCACCUGAAGAAUGUAAUCAUGAAGUCGGAUGUACGAAUUCUCAAGCAUCAACAUUGCAGACAGUAUAUACAAAUGAAGACGAGACAAUGCACACAACUGACAAAGCUGAAAUGAAUGACCUUGAAUGUGUUCCCUUCAAAUUUCCAAGUCAUCAAACAAACACGAAGAUAAUCAUUGUAUUGGUUGCUUCCAUUAUAUGCAGUGUACUUGUGUUCCUUAUCAUUUAUGAGUUCCGAAAAUACCGACAUCUUUGUUCAUCAAACACUUCUCAACAAAGCAGCACUAACGCCGAAUGUGUUUACGCAGAAGUAAAUGAAGUAAAUUUAAAUGCAAUUGAAGAUGAGGAGACAAUGUAGUCUACUGUCAAAAGUAAUGAUGGAAAGACCUAGAAGGAAAAGGAAAACUUAUGGUUAUUGAAAUGAGUAUAUCGAGUUGAUAUUUGUGAUGAUGGGUUUGUCACGAGACAUAGCCCACAAAUCAUACAGUCAUUGAAUAAUAUAGUGCAGAGUAGACUAAUUAACCAUUUUACUUAUUUUAAAGCCGAUGAGGGAAGACAGAACAGUCAAACUGCAUGUAUUUGAUUAAUUGUGACGCUUGGACAAGUUAUAUGCACGAAUAAGGAAGGAAACAAAGAUCCACUUAUUCAACUUUUGCAUUUCUACAUUUAGAAAGAGAUGUUUUCCGUCCAUGUCAGUUUUGAAGGGUUUUGUAGUUUCGCUGAAAGAUUUAGCUUUGGGAUCCCUCUCUACAUGUAUUUAGAAAGAGAUGUUUUUGGUUGAUGUCAAUUUUGACGGCGAUUGUCGUUUCCGUAGGGAGAUUUGAUUUUGAAAUAUAGGUAUCUUUGUUGGAAGUUAGGGAAUAAUAGUGCUCUCAUUUGAGAGACACCUCGAACUGUACAUUGCAAUCUUAAAUGAUUAAUAAGUGUGAUGUUGUCUAUAGUUUAUAAGUUGAUCUUUGGUAGGUUUAAUUUGGCUAUUAUUGCUUUUUCGAUUUGUCUAAGAUCCUAUCAAGCAAACGUGAAAUAUGUGAUAAAUACACCGUGUAAUGGGUUGAUGGGAUGUAGUAAAAACGUUGUUGGAUACAAUAACCUAACAAUAUCAAUCAAUUAAACUAAAAGAGGGAUAAUAAGAUAUAGCAGUUAUGUGUAGUAUGUUGACCUUGCCAUUGGUUUAUGUAAUAAAUACAAUGUAACACUU